AUGGCAAAACCAAGGCAGCGUUCAAAGCAAAAGAGCGGCAAGUAUACGCCUACGAGAACGACAUUCCACAAGACAUACAAGAAGACAACGCUGAGAAAUGUACCCGACGAGCUCGCCAGGCAGUGGGACAAGACCAAGACGCUGAGGGAGAACUACGCUAACUUGGGUUUGGCAAGCAACAUGAAGAUACAUGCAGUUGGUGGUGUCGAGAAGGAGCUUCCUUCCAAAGUUCGCGCAAAGGAGAGCGAGGAGAGCGUAGACGGUGGCGAGAAGGGCACUCCUGAAACUAUGCACAUGGGUCAGAUCAUUAGAGACGAUGCUGGAAACGUCCUGGAAAUAAGAAUGCCUGAUACCAACCAAGGUUCCUCCAAAGGCAAAUCAAAGGAAGAGGCAACACCUUGGGGUACGCCACUUGACGCUACCACUAUGGAAACUCCUUCUGUGCCACUCACGUUCGAUGACGAGCACAACAGCGGUAAGAAGAGUGCGGAUACGGAUGCUGUUAGAUUACUCGAGUCUAAAGCUGAAACUGCUAGGCCCGUCGGACGUAACACCUCCAAUGACGAGAUGAAAUGGUUGAUAAAUAUUGUCAAAAAACACGGCAGAGAUCUCGACGAAGCUUGCAAGGAUCUUAAACUGAAUGUUUGGCAGAAGACUAAAGGAGAGCUGUCUAGAGCUGUGAAGCGUGCUGGUGGAUUCGAAGCAGUGGAAAGCCUAGCAAAGCAGUAA